UUGACCUUUCUCACAAUAAUAUAUCUGGAAGCAUUCCCAAGUCUUUGGAGAAGCUUCAAAACUUGAAGUAUUUCAAUAUUUCUGUCGACAAAUUGUAUGGUGAAAUACCCUCGGGAGGUCCUUUCAAGAACCUCUCGAGUCAAUUUUUCAUCUACAAUGGAGCAUUGUAUGGUUCUUCAAGAUUUAGUGUCCCACCAUGCUCUACUUCAUCAAAGCACAGAUCAAAUCGGAAAAAAAUUCUAGUUCUUUUUCUUUUGCUCGCAAUUGCAGUUGUAUUUGUUCCAAUGACCUUUGUGCUGCUAUGGAUAAGGUAUAGAAGAGGUAAAAGUGUUCCUCAGGAAGCUGACUUAUUGUCUACCGUAGCAAGAGAAAGAAUUUCAUUCUAUGAAUUUCUCCGAGCAACUAAUGCGCUUAGCGAGAGUAAUCUGAUUGGUUCUGGAAGUUUUGGCUCUGUUUACGAAGGCAUUCUCAGAAGUGGAACUGCCAUUGCAGUUAAAGUGUUCAACCUGCAUUCAAGAAUUUUUGAUAAGGGAUGUGAAGUUUUGUGUAUCCUUCACCAUAGGAAUCUCGUAAAAGUCAUUACUAGUUGUUCAAAUCUUGAUUUCAAGGCUUUAGUUCUCGAGUAUAUGCCUAACGGGAGUCUGGAGAAGUAUUUGUAUUCGCACAACUACUUCCUCGACAUCCGGCAGAGACUAAGCAUAAUGAUAGCUGUGGCAUGUGCAUUGGAACAUCUCCAUCAUGGGUGUUCAUCGGUUGUGAUUCACUGUGAUCUAAAGCCUAGUAAUGUCUUGCUGAAUGAGGAUAUGGUUGUCAACCUAAGUGACUUUGGCAUUUCAAAACUACUUGGUGACGAUGAGAUUGAUUUAUUCACUGAAACCUUAGCAACACUGGGUUAUAUUGCUCCGGAGUAUGGACUGGAUGGACUAGUGUCAACAAAAUGCGAUAUCUAUAGCUACGGGAUCAUGUUGCUUGAAACGUUUACUAGUGUCACACCCCUUUUUCAACAUCCAAAAGAUUAAUUUUUAAGUUCGAAAGGGUUUUAUUAUUAAGUGACAAAAAAUGAAAAUUCUGUUCCGAAAAUGAUUUUUUAUAAUUAAAUUUCGAGUCGCAACUUGGCAUAAUCUAGUGUGCCAAGUCACCUUUGGAAAAUUCUUUUCUAAAUGGUUUGAUUCUUUAAAACUGGUUUGCGAAUAGAGAUUCCGGCUAA